AACGCCGCCUCACACACUCCACACUCCACACUCCACACCUACUUUACGGCCCCCCGAGUCCCGAGUCCCGAGCCCCGUUAUGUCUUUGACCCCACCAGCAUCGGCUACAACGCCAAUGGCGGCGGUGUCGCUUACUACCACGACACACAACGCGUCCGUCGGAACGGCCUCAAAACGGCCUCCACCCCCGUGUCCUUGGUCGGGACCAGCACAUCUCCAGUCGUUGCUCCUGCUGCAGAGGAGGCUGCUGCUGGAGCUGCUGGUGCUGCUGCUCACCCAGUGCCUCCGGGAGGCACACAAGCACCAACAUCUGGAGCGAUGGACAAGUUUGUGCAGCCAUAUGUUCCAGGGAGUAAUGAGGCUGCGCACAUCUUCGUCUUGGCGAACAAGCCUGCAGCCGCUGCCGCCGGUCGCCAGCGGAGGAGUGUUGCUGCGGCUCCGGCCACGGGAGCAAGUGACAACAGCACAGGCAAGCGAUCUCGAGGGGUGAACGGACUUUCGUCCUCCAACCCGAAAACUAUUUCGGCAAGCUCACGCUGCAGGACUUUUCCGGGUGAGGGCCUCGUCGUUUCCGCGGGCGCCCUCUAUUGCGAACCGUGCGCCAAGCGCCUGGGGACUUGCCUCUCCACGAUCAGGGCCCAUUGUGGACUCCUGAAGGACGGUAGUCACAAGGCGGAACCCAACCAGCACAUGCAGAAGCUGGAGGUGCACUUGGCCGCAGAGUUCGAGGCGCCUAACAGGAAGACUCGCUUCACGCAGUACUGCAACAAGAGGCGGGCCGUAUACGGGAAGACCGUCGAUCCCGAGGUCAACGACAAGCGCUGCAAGCUAAUCACUCAAGUCAUGGGUGCCGGAAUAUCACUCUCCAAGCUUGACCCUCUCCGGAGCAUGUUCACCAGCCUCGGAGCAGACAUGGUGGGGUCAUCGAAGUCGAAGGAGUACAUCGGCUUCAUCAACGAGGAGCAGAUUCGCUCCAUUCGUCAGGACAUCCUUGGCAAGGACAUCGGUAUUGCCAUCGAUGGGACGCCUUUCAACGGCACGGAGACGUUCGGCGUGGUUGUUCGCGCCGUGGGAAAAGACCUCGCAGUCAUAAAGCGCCUCGUCUCCCUUCGCAUGCUGGAGAGCGCCAUGAACAACCGCAACAUUGCCGCUGAGGUGAUCGACGUCGUCAGAGACAGGCUGGAUAUCUCCGAUCGGAACCUCGUGAAGAGUUUUCAGUUCGAUGGCUGCGCCGCCAACCGCAAGGCUAUGAGGGACGUGUUGCCCGGCUUCUUCUCGCAGGCCGUCUACAUCGCAUGCUGCAGCCACCUCAUGGACAACUCGGGGAAGCAGAUCGAUGCGCCAAGGGCCAGUGAUUUUAUGCUCAAGACCAGCAGCGUGUUCAGCUACAGCUUCCACGCGAAGCGCGAGCUCGUGAACAGGGCAGGGAAGACGUGGCCGAGGUUUGUCAACCACCGGUGGGGUUCCAAGGCUGAGGUGUUCGAGUUCCUGAGCACCCAGCUGCCGGCCAUCGAGGACUUCAUCCGCACCUUCCGCAACUCCGACGGGAGGCGCAACAAGACAUGCCAGGCGCUGCAGGACAAAUACCUGGACAACGUCCACGAGCGCAGGUUUCUGCUCCUGGAGCUUGCCAUGUACAGGGACGUCUUGUUGACGUUCAAGACAGCAUGCUUGGCAUUGGAGGGGGACGAUGCCCUGGUGUUCAAGGCGUACGACAUCAUCCAGAAAGUGGUGACAACCCUGCGGCUGGACGACCUGAACGCCUACGUGUCCCUCCCCAACGUCGAAGCUCUGCUCCGAGGAAACCACGAGGGCACACCGGAUGAGGCCACGUUAGCCUCUUUGCGCUCACACGUCACGGGCUGCCUCAAGGACAUCCGCAGCUACUCAAGCAGCCAGUUCGGCGACGGCAUGGAGGUCAAGUUCCGCCGCGAGCUUGACCUCUUCAAGGCCGCGCGGAUCAUCAACCACGUGCACGUCCGCCAGCAACCUCUCGACGACAUCGACCCCGAAGUGUUGAGCAUCUUUCCUUUCAUCAGUUCGGGCGACAUCACCAACCUCCGCGCGGAGAUGCCCGAGUACAUGAACGCCGUCACCCGCCAGCUAUCUUGUCUGAACGACCUCGUGGAGACGACGGUCAUGGUGCGGUUCAACGAGACUGACCGCACCAAGGGGUCGGCUGCCCAAGCUGCAGCCUUGGACGACGAGGAAGAACACGAGGGAGGGCCUGCCCAAGCUGCAGCCUUGGAGGACGAGGACGACGAGGAUGAGGGCGACGAGGACGAGGACGAGGAAGACACCGGGAGCGGACAGGACUAAAAGAAACACACAACAAGUCGUGUGUGUAGUUGUUUGACGUCACACCGACCGUCACAGGCCUUGGACAUGACGCAUUUUUCCUUGAUGGUAGUCGGACGAAACAUCGCGCUCUUACUGUUGGGUGUGGUGUGUGGUGUUCUCUUGGAGAUCGUGCGUUUGACGUAGCAAUUAGUUUUAAAAUUGGUUGCAGAUUUGCAGCGAAGGGGCUCAACCAGAGUACCAUAUUAUUGAUGUUUUUCUUGCUUGCGUUGCAAAUGGCAAAUGGCAUGCGUGCGCCUUGCUGGCACCCCCGGGUACCCACGUUACAGUAGAAAGUAGAUAUCUUGCAACGGCUCUGUGAACCAACGAACGCGUCUACUACUCUGUUGACUCAAGAUAGAAAUGAGCAAAAAUAAACGUAAAACCUGGAUCGUUUUUGGUACAGUAGUGUCGUACCAAGGGUAUAUAUACCAAGAUAACAAGAGGGUCUCUAGG